UAAAUUUCGCUAUCGUUGCUGCUACGGCGGACAUCUCCAUCUUCCUUUGCCUGGAGCGCCGAUUUCAAUUACAGUCGGGGGCUGCUUUGCGAGGUCUGGGAUCUUCAAUCGCCGUCGGCGCCAUCUAGAAUGAGAAAGGCCUUGGGGAGAUUUGGAGGCAAAGAAUGGAGGGACGAGCAAUUGAGGAAUAUAUCAGAUAGAAUAUUUGAUAUGAUUGGAGAUAAGAAGGAUAAGCUGUCGUUUGAAGAUCUGUACAUUGCUACGUUACUUGUAUACAAUGAUAUUAACAAGCGGUUGCCUAUCUCUCAUCUUGAUCCGCCCACAGAGGAACGUUUCAGACAGCUCAUGAAGGAGAACGACUGGAACGAGGAUAAAAAAAUUGGGCGUGACGAAUUCUUGGGUUUUAUACUGAGCUUGACAUCUGACGCGUUCAUAUCACUGAGCCACAGAUUGAUCCUCACUUUGGUGAUAGCACCAACAGUCGCAGUGGUCACAAAGAGAAGUACUGAAGGCAUCCCAGUCGUUGGAAGCCUGGUCCAAAAACUGCCCUCUUCAGCUUAUGCUUUCCUCGUCACCCUUGCUGCUUUCGUGUUUCAGAACUCUCAGAAGCCGAUGCUUAAAUGAUAAGUUCAUACUCUCUUUCAUUCAUUCCAUUUGUUGUAUAUUCCGUUCUUAUUUACAUACAUGUGAUUGUGAACAAAUUACAACACUUUUACAUUGAAUUCACUAUUUGAAGCCUUGUUUGGAAUU